AUGUUCGACUGGGUCGGUUUGUUAUUGAAGGUGGUCUACUAUUAUGGACACCUUAUCGGUCUUAGUAACUUUGAGUUUGAGUGGACUGGACGAGUCUUUAAGACCCGAAGAAGUGCCCUCUACGCCAUUGCGAUCGACGUCAUCCUGGUUAUUCUUAUCGUUUUGCAAAUCUCCAAGCCAACUGAAUUUAACUUGAUCUUUGGAAAGGCAAACAAGCUGCACCAUUAUGUUAUUAUCAUUGUAUUUGGACUGAGAGUUGUAGCAGGUCUUUCCACCGUGUUCAUCAGAUGGAGUCGACGGAAACAGAUGAUGCUCUUGGCCAAAAAAGUGCUUGGUGUAUUUCUAAAAAACCCGCACUUGCGGAAAAUUUCCCGCUGGGGUAUUCUUAUUAAGGUCACCAUUGCAAUCGUUACUGAUCUUCUGCAAAUGGCAAUUAACUGGAAUGCAUUGGGCUAUGCGAAAGCCAAUCAAACAAUACUAAUGGCCUUGCAGUUCUGGGUGUCGGCUAUUGUAAAUCUGGCCGUAGCGCAGCGGUAUCUGCUAACCCUCUUCGUUCGGGCCCACUAUCAUCUGCUAAACACCGAGCUGCGUCAGGUGAUCAAAGAAAGCAGGAUGCUAAGUUACCAUCCUCAGCGGAGGGGGGCUUUCAUGACCAGAUGUUGCUCGUUGGCGGAUCAGGUGGAGAGUAUUGCCAAGUUUCAAAGUGAACUGCAGUCGAUUGUGAACCAGCUGGACGAAGUAUUCGGAAUCCAGGGGCUUAUGGUGUAUUUCGGAUACUACAUAUUUUCAAUAGCAACAGCUUACAUAACCUAUAGUAUCCUAAAAAAUGGCCACGAGAAUCUGGAGCUGAGCGUCACAUCGAUGAUUCUAUCCUUCACUUGGUGUUUUUUUUACUUCUUGGACGCCAUUCUCAAUCUGUUCAAUACGCUCAAUUUACUGGAAGAUCACACGAAGAUGAUACGGCUAUUGGAGGAGCGAACACUAUUUGCCUUUACCUUAGAUGUUCGUCUGGAGCAAUCGGUAAAUUUCAUACAACUGCAAUUGAUUCGAAACCCAUUCAAAAUGGAAAUAAUGAAAUUUUUUCCAAUAACUCGGAGUUCUACAACGGCCAUGUUUGGAUCUCUAAUAACACAUUCGAUAUUCCUAAUUCAAUAUGACAUGGAGUACUUUUGA